CCGGCUUAUAUCAGAUGUUUCAAACAUGGCGACGGCGCUGAGGCCGUCGUGUUCUUUUGUGGGUGGAAACUGCCUCGCCAAGGGCGACAGAUUGUCCAAUUUCGAGCCGAAAUUGUUCGGACAUCGGCAGCCGGAGAGCCUCUUGGACGUGUGUGCAAAAGUGGUGGCGCAGCACAUCCCAUUCCAGCGCAUCGAAGAACGCUACAACAGGAUACCUGAGCCCGUGCAACGCAGGAUCAUCUUCUGGUCGUUUCCCCGCAACGAACGGGAUAUUUGCAUGUACUCGUCGUUAUCAAGUGACUCCAAUAGUUGUGGUGACUACCAGAAGCUUCCUUUUUACCGUGGCCUCAAGCUGUACGAGGCUGGGUGUGUCGAUAACGUGUUGCAAGUAGGUUUUCACUUGAGUGGCAGUGUGACGCCCACCGCCCCCGGAACGGGAUACCCCGCCGAACCCGAGAAGAAGUUCCGCAUUUCCAUCAGCUUCGAUAGGUGUAAGAUCACCUCGGUAACAUGCACGUGCGAGACGCACGACAUCUUCUGGUGUCAGCAUGUGGUUGCCUUGGCCAUCUACCGAAUCCGGAAUGCCGACAGCGUCCGGCUUCGAGUUCCCAUCUCGGAGACGCUGCUCCAGCUGGACCGGGAGCAGCUGCAGAAGCUGCUGCAGUACCUGAUAGCCGAGCACCACACCGAGGUGCUGCCGACAGCUCAGCGCCUGGCUGAUGAGAUCCUCCAGUCUCGGUCGCUCAUCAACCGCAUCGCCGGGGCGCCCGACCCAACGGCGGGUGCCUCGGCCGAGGAGGACCACAGCUGGCACCUGGACGAAGAACAGGUCAGCGAGCAGGUGCGAGCCUUCCUCUCCCAGGGCGGAUACUUCAUGGUCUCUCGGCAGCUCAACGCACUCUUCUCCAAGGUGAAGGAGAUGCUUCGGGCAGGCGAUUCCAACGGGGCGCGCAUGCUGCGUCUCAUCACGGAGCAGUUUCUGGCCGACCCGCGCCUCGUCAUCUGGCGCGCUCAGGGGACACCCAUGUCCGACAAGUGUCGCCAGCUUUGGGACCAACUUGGCACCCUGUGGGUCUGCGUAGUCCUGAACCCGCACUGCACCAGCACCGAGAAGCAUCAGUGGCGGCAGCUGCUCGAGCGGUGGUCCUCGAUGCACAUCUGCCCCCUGGAGGACGCCGACUUCCGUCCCAGUGCCACGGGACGCCGUCCCCUCGUGGUUGACGACGAUUCGUCAGACUCUUCCGAUGAUGACGGCGGUGGCCACGGUGACGGUCGAGGCGGUCACCACGGCGGCAACGCAGGGAAUCACCACCACUCGCGGGCAAUACCACCCGGUCCCCACCACGGCGGCAACAACGCACCGUCCCACCACUCGAACCGGCGGUCGCGACGGAGCGGCCUCGUAACGCCGCCGCGCUCCAUCUUCCAUCGUGCGCUAGAGGCCUGGAUGUUGUCGUGGGACGACCCGCACCUGCGCUUCAUCCUGUCGCACGAUGCCUGUGCUGAACCGCAUUCCCACCGCUCGUCCGGAUUGUCCUCGUCCUCGUCGUCCUUCUCGUCGUGUUCGUCUUCUUCGUCGUCGUCGUCGUCGUCAUGUUCCAGUUCCUGUGCCUCACCGAGCAACCUCUUCAACUCACAGGGUUACCCGCUUUGGCAUGAGCCGAUCCCGGUGGCGUGUUCGCGGGUGGAGGCCCUGCGCUCGCACGGCUACCAGCAGGAGGCCCUGCGGCUGGCGGUGGCCGUGGUGCGCACCAUGAAGCGCCAGCAGCGCGAGUGGCAGUGCCGCUGGCAGGCCGAGCAGGAGCGCUCGGGCAUCCACCACCACCACCACCACCAUCACCACCACCACCACCGGGGGGGACGCACCUCCUCGUCCUCGUCCUCCAGCUCUUCGUCCUCGUCCUCUGGUUUCUCUAACCUGACGACGCACAACAACACGGAGGGCUGGGUGGGCCACCCGCUCAAUCCCAUUGGUUCCUUAUUCGACACGUUGGCCGAGGCGUCUCUAGUUCCGGACAGCAAGCAUCUAGAAUAUUUUUACGAGUCUCUGCCGGGCCCUAGUGCCGAAGAAGCUGCAGCUACCAGCAGCGGGAACGGCAGUGGCGGCGGUGGAAAUGGCGGCGGUGGUGGUGGGAACAACGGCGGAGGAGGAGGCAACAACAACGGAGGCGGUGGUGGUGGCGGCGGUGGUGGUGGUGGAGGUGGCAACAACAAUAACAACAACAACAACGCAGCUGCUAACUCUUCGCACCACCCUCACCCGUCUCACCCUCCACACGGGAAUGGCGGCGGCGGUGGCGGCGGGGCAGGCGGCUCUUCGUCCUCGUCGCCGUCUUCCUCGCAGUCGUCGUCAGCGCAGCCCCGGGAAAGACCCAGGUAUCGUCACGUUGCGGUGCCAGGGAGUCGGGAUCGCAGCGAGUCGCUCCUUUCGCUGGCUGUGGAGGCGGCUUUGGUGGGACUGGGACAACAGCGGUCCAUGCCGGUGGGCCUCUAUGCACAGGAGAAGUCGUGCCGGCAGGAGGAGCGGCUGAUAGCGCGCCUUCGGGACGUGGACGCGGACGGCCUGCUGGUCGGGGUGCUGCGCAAGCAGGCCAUGCUGCUGCUCGAGGGGGGACCCUACUCGGGCCUCGGCGUGGGUGCCCACCCCGAGAGCGUGCCCAUGCACACCUUCGCCCGGUACCUGUUCGGGGCGCUGCUGCCGUACGACGCCGACCUGGCAUACAGCGUCGGGCUGCGUGCCAUGCGGCUUCCGAUCCUGGAGAACCAGGAGGAACCGGACGACCCUGGCACUGGCGUCAACGCCCCGGCUGCCAGCCGGUACCCGCGGUGGUUCACUCUGGGCCAUGUAGAAGUGCAACAGUGUGCCCUGGCCUCCACCAUGCUCUCUGCCGCCAAGGACGACGUGAUGCGCCUGCGGACGGUGAUGAAGUCGUCGCAGCGCAACAUCCACAGUUCGUCGCAGUUGUUCAAGCUGGCACAGGACGCAUUCCGCAUUGCCGUGCCCCAGGACGGUGGUCCCAGGCACCUGGCCCUGCUCAACGUGGCCUUUGAGCUGGGCCUGCAGGUGAUGCGGGUGACCCUGUCGUCACUGAACUGGCGACGUCGGGAGAUGGUGCGCUGGCUGGUGACUUGCGCCACAGAGAUCGGCCUGGAGGCCCUGGUGUCCAUCAUGCAGAAGUGGUACCAGUUCUUCACACCCACCGAGGCUACCGGUCCAGUGGCCACAACCAUUAUGUCCCACGCCACCAUCCUUCGUCUCGGACUUGACUUCAACCAGCAGGAGGAGCUGUCGUCGUGCGCCCGCACCCUGGCGCUGCAAUGCGCCUCCAAGGACCCCCCGAACUGCGCCCUCAACGCCCUUACCCUGUGCGAGGGGGACGCGUACGCCUUCGAGACGGCGCACCAGAUCGUCGUCGACGCCGCGGGCUCCGGGGUAAUGACUUCCUCGCAGUUGUUCACCGUGGCUCGGUACAUGGAACACCGCGGCUACGCCCACCGAGCCUACAAGUUGGCCGUGCUGGCGACGCGCGGCGUGCAGCUCGCGUACAACCAGGAUGCCCACCCGGCCAUCAACGACAUCCAUUGGGCGUGCGCGCUCGCCCACUCUCUCGGCCGCUCCGAGCUCGCCGGGCUCGUGCCGCUGCUGGUCAAGCACGUCCAGUGCGCCACGGUGUUGUCGGACAUCUUGCGCCGGUGCUCGAUGGCAGCGCCGGGCAGCAUGGGGACGGCGCCGCUGGACGCCAAGCGGCGCUGCGUGCGCGCCCUCUCCCUGGACAAGCCCCCACUGCGCCCCUUGCUGGACGCGGCCAUCGCGGCGUACGUCAACACGACCCACUCGCGCCUGGCCCACAUCUCUCCGCGCCACUACGGCGACUUCAUCGAGUUCCUGGGCAAGGCACGCGAGACAUUCCUGCUGGCCCAGGACGGGCACGUGCAGUUUGCGCAGCUCGUUGACAACAUGAAGGCGGCCUACAAGGGCAAGAAGAAACUCAUGUAUCUAGUCAAGGAGCGGUUUGGCUGAGAAGGGGGCCGUCACCCACUCGAGGCAGUGCGACGUGGGCAGCCUCGGUCGGCCACAUUGGCUCCGGAACGGCUUCUUGGUCGAGUGCACGGUCCCUGUUUGAUGGUUCCUGGUGCGACCAUUAAUGCGGGCUUUUUUUCUUUCUGGAGCAGUGGCAACAAUAUCAAAAGGCACUCCUCGUCCACACCGGAGCUGCUUUCCCCUCGUGCUUCAGGCCUCCUGCCCCCUUCCUUUGCCUGCAGUGCGUGCAGAUGCUAUCUCAGAAUUGAAGGAAGCCUCAGUUUGUUUCGUGCGCUGAAGCCUUUCCUUUUCCAUUGGGCAUCUCGACGAAGAUACGCAUUCCUCCGGGUCGGCCUAUUUGUGCUUGACGGUGGAUAUUUUUUACGUUGUCCCAAAGCAGACGCGAGGGUCUGUGGAGUGGUUUUACUACUCGCGAAUGUAGUGAAAAAAAAAAAGAAGUGAUGCCAAACCACGAUCGUUCCCCCAACGAGAGGUCUCUCUCAGAACUAUUGCUUACCAAGGGCUGAAAAAAAAAAAAAAAAACGAAAAACAUGGCAGGCCUGGCGAGAGACACUGGUCUUUGUUUUUAGAGUUCUUAUAGUUUUAGUGAUUUAAUUGAUUGACACAACAGCAGUAUUGCGGAGAGAUGUUCUCCGUCUUUUUAUCUGUUGUUUCGUGCAUGUUGCGUACAUCUCCUCAGUGCUGCGUUUGUUGUUUGUCGUACUGCACGUUGUUUGUUCCACAUAGGUUGUAUCCCAUCAGAGUUGUAUUUGCGUUUUUUCGUGCUUCGAGUGUGUACGUUCGUCAUGUUCCAUGUAUCUCUUUCUGUGUUUCGUUUUUUUUUUGUUUUUGUGCAGAGGACGACAUGCCACCGACGUUGCUGUAGGCUACCCGCACUACCGCAGAUGUUUUUAACCCACCGCGUUUAGUUGCUAGCCAAACCAAUUACCCGACAUGUUAGCCUCAAAGUGGCCAAUCUGCUAGCGUGAUUGUCUCACUUGUUUGUGAAUGCGAAACUGUGGCAGGAGCUCCUCGGUCUUGCAAGCCCGAAUGAAGAAGGUGCUGUUGCCGCAGCGUGCAUGCGUAUUACCUCUAAGCCUAGAUCAAACGUAAUAUAAAUUUGAAGAGUUCUUUCUUUUUUUUUUUUUUAUUCUUGCGUGCAUGGACAACCAUGCAUAAGAAUCUGUGGGGAGACCCAUCACUUGUUCAUUCCUUCAUUGCUCAUUUUUACGUGUUCAACGUUGAAUUCACCGUUCCGCAGUGGCAUUGUGUCAAGUGGGCGGCCUGCACGAUGGGCAGGCGGGGCGCCAUUGAAGCCGCACUUGGUGAGUUUUUGUUCUAUAUUGUCGCGUCGUUUUGUGUUCUACCAUACGUUUCGCAAACUCCGCUGGCAGUGAUCUUCGUAGGCCUUUCGGAACUUCGCUCGCUUGUGACCGACGUGGCGGUCACAGGCCAGACCGACAGGCGCGUCUCAAGUCUCAUGGCUGUCUAUGCACCGACGUGCUGGGCUCGGUAGUGACUGUACCAAAAGUCGCUGCUGACGGUGCGAGGUCGCAACAGCGAGACGGCGGAAGUAGUCCGUAACGGUCGUCCACCUCCUAUAUUAGCUGUUCUAAAUAAUAAAGAGCUCAAGCACUUGGCCAACAACCUUGGAACGCGUUGCUGUUCCGUUUUUCUUUCUUUCUUUUACCAGACCUUGUCUCUCGCCAGAAACUGCCGGUGACGGGUGCAUGUCGAGGGACGACGAGCGCGCGUCGUUUGCAAUCGCGUGUAGCGACAAAGUCCCUCUCCAUUCUUUUUUCUUCUUCAUUUCGUAGUUCGACGACGUAUUUCCGUUCACGCGACGAGUCAUUUCUUUUCGUUCGGCAUUGUCGGAACCGAAAAAAAAGGGGUUCGUGGCCGCUUGUACAUAGUUCGCGUGUCCAUCUCCGCAAUAUUCCAGAUGCGGCACGCGCUUUCUCCGACUCCUCUCUCGUUUCUUUCGGUUGGUUCUGUAGCCAUACUUUCUAGUGAAAUACGAACCAGUUUGUCUCCCUAAAGUGUUUUGUGGUGAUGUCUAGCUCCUUUUGUUGGCCCACUUAUUCUCGCCAGAGGAUGGGAAGCACGCUGUUUCCUCUGUGAGUGCCACCGUACUUUUGCCGUUCUCAUUCUUAAUCCCUAGACAACAUUUGUGCCUUGCGGUUGUUACAGUUUCGUUUAUUGUUUGUACAUUUCGUUUCGUUUGCAACGUCUUUUUUCCACUUUUCUCUCUCUUCCUAUAUUCAUUGCUUUACAAUGAAUUCCUUUUUUUAAUAUAAUGUGAAUAUGUUCAGAUACAGGAUUAUUUAAAAGAAAGGGGUUUUUCAGGUGUCGAUGCGGCGCGCCAUUCAACCGAAUAUUGCGCAUCUACUUACUAGUGAAAAAGGAAGCAAUGCGGUGUUAUAAAAAAGCAUGCAGUUGGGGCUGAUGUUGAAGUUGAUACACUAGUCAGCACUAUUCGCUUGAAAUGGGCCACGCAGUCACAUGUAAAUUUCUUGCAUAGUCUUUUGUUCAGUGUUUUGUGGCGUAUGGCAUUGCCGAUUGCUCACAAAAUCUUCUAAAUUGAUUGCGUGUCGGCAGUAGGCGCAUUUUUUCACACUCCAACACAAUUGCAGUAUCACCGUCUGGGUUGCCAGGUCGAAAAGACAAGAAAUAGCCAGAAAAUUAGAAAAACUAGCCAGAAAGUAGCUAACUUCAGCCAAAGGCAUCAAAAGUAGCCAAAAGUAGCCGAAUGUGUAUGAAAACAACUGCGACAUUUUGAUUUAAACAACUAAAUGCUAAAGCCCUUUGGUGAAAAUGUUAAUUAGGGCAGCAUGAACCCUUCAAAAUCAGAAUUGCUGAGAUUCAAGCAUAAAUUGUUGACUUUUGCAAUCAUUUCGUGCAGGAUAACGAAGUGUUUGUGCUCUUGCAACAAUGACACUCUCUUCACGGGUCUUGCGUGUCUUUUCUUAAAAGCAACAAUAAAAACGAGCACAGUAGGAGUGUGCUCGAAAUCGCAUGCUGCUGGGAUUGAAGCAUACAUUGUCACUUUCGCAGUCACUUGCGUGAUGAGGAAGUUCAAGCAGUUAGAGGGAUUUAAGUGAAACAGUGAAUCGGUUUAGAUUGAUAAGUUGUACUCUGAGAACUCUAAUGUAGUUAAUUUCGCCAUCAUAGGUUUAUUAAUGUUUAAUUUCUAAAUUUCACUCUGAAAUCGCCGCAUGUGACAUCAUGAAUUUCAAAGUGUAUAUUUUUAAAAUUUUGGCGACAUUGGCUGAACGAAAUUUCCUGAAACUUGGUAUGUUACGUCCCUGGCUCCCUCAGAGGACAAUGUACUUAAUUUUUAUGGAUUAGGAACUAUGCAGGACCCAGUAGAUGCCGUCAAAAUCUAUGAGAUCACGGCGUUCGGUGCGGCAAUUUCAAGGUGGCAUCGCCAGGCGCGUUUUUUUUUUUGCGCGUGUUCUUGCUUCCAAGCAUCUUCCCGUGGCAAGCGCGGUGACUUUGGAAUUGGGAAAGAGUAAUUUACGAAUUUCAGAAAAAUCCUUUUUCUCUUUAGUGUCUCUUUAACAGUCCUGUGUCGCGGUUCGUACCCAAUACCAAGAAAUGGCGCAAGUAGCCUGUUGGAUGACCUAUUUCUAAUGUUGAUGAGUGCAGAGCACUUAGUUGCAGAGCAUCCUGGAUGUGUAGCACUUUGGAGCGUCCUGUUCACUUCCAACUACGGUUUAAUUUAAAGUAGUGUUCAGCACUAGGCGGUCUGCAAAAUGAGGCUACAUGCAACAGUUUUCCCCGAGUCUCAGGCACAUAUCCGAAACCCUUUUGUGUAACGCAAGUACUAAAAUCAAUUUCGGAAGCUGGAAACAUGACUUGGCUACUCUGUUCUGAUGCCGUUUACUUGAACGUCAGUCGCGUACCAUCACCAGAUAUUGAUAACUUGGCUUAACUGAGGGAACAAGAAAGUAGCUAAAAAGUAGCUAAGUUGCCGAAAUGUUUUUUUUCUGCCACGGCCAGCCUAAAAAAUGUAGCCAAAUUGUCGCAAAGUAGCUAAACCUGGCAACCCUGAUCACUGUCCUUUCUAAUUAUCACAGAGUACUGUCAUUAUCCAAGCUGGAUGUCACUUUAAUUCAGGGAGGACCAAUUAAUCGCUGGAAACAUACUAUUUUCAUGUACAGUACGUUGAAAAUGUCUACGAGCAAUGCUUCCAUGGCCAGAGUUAUUCGGUAGUGACUACUGCUCAGUGUGACGGCUUUGCAGCUAGGGAACUUUGCCGUAGAAUGCGUGGUCGCGGGUUUCUGGGAGAAAGCUGGCUUUCCUGCAUGUGCUUGCAGUCGAGUUUGUUUUUGCAGUGUUGUAGUGGAAAAGUUUUAUUGCGGUAUUGGAGUAGAAUUCUUGCACACAAUAGAGAACUAGACAUAUGGACCUACUCAGAUUGCGCUUGAUAAGGGAAGCUGCAACAUUUUGCCAUGGUUGUCCUUGGCUACUCCACAGUAGCGGCUACUCCACCAUUGUGGCUACUGCUUAGUAGUGAAUGCAGAAAAUGAAAUGUGCGGCCGUCCUGAGCUCAUCUGUGGGAGGUGAACAGUUAAGAAUAUCAGAUGGUGAGAAUUAAUCGAAGGCUUCACAUUAUCGAGUCCCUCAUAACUCGAGUUCCCUACUACAGUAUGCCUUGCAGUAAUGCCCCAGUGCUUGCACCUAAAAACCCAGAAUUGAAUAAUAGUAAGUUGUUCUGCAAAACAAACAAAAAAACACGAGGCUAUGCAAAAAAAGAUCGAAUAUAUUGUCUCCUACUAAGCCUAUUUCCAAUCCUAUAUUUUUAUUCGCGCCUUAUAAAAAAAAAGCAUGCUACAUGUUGAAAGUGGUAUUUUCUUUUUAAGCGGUUCAACGUGGCGCCACUUCAGUCAUUCAACGUUGUUCGUCAGGGGCACUUGAAUCGUCAUUGGUACGUACUUGCCACUCUUGCAGUGCUCCUUUCGCAGAUGACUACAAAGCAACAUUACUGCCACGUCUUUUUCUGUGCAAAAUGGUUGGUGUGAGGGAUGUAUCGCUCCAUCUGUUCCUUCAACGAAGGCCUUGCUUUCCAAGUUUUCUCUCCUCACAUCCCUCCUGCAUGUGCCCAACUGUUGAGAGGCUCCCAUCUCCCUGAAUCUCUCGUCAGGUGAUCUCUCCAGCAGCGUAUCAACAUAUCGUACAGUUUUGCGCCAUCACUAAGCAUCUCGCUUCGCGAUGGCCCCGUAAAAGCUUCCGGUUACGAAAGUGUGCUGCGUGUGUGGUCUACAUUUCAGCUGAAGACGAAAGGGGUACUGGUAACGACUGGUGACGAGAAACAAAAGUGCGUAGAGGCAAUGAUUGGUGUAGGUGCUUGUUCUGGGCAUAUUUUUUUCUUGGUCUGCGCAUCGAGUUCCAUGCAGCUGUUUUGUGAUGCCAGAACAGACUGUUCUAAAAGCUGUGUGCUGUAUUUUCGAACGGUUCUCCUACAAAAAUGAUGGUUAUUCUUUGUCUGCCUCCUUGUUCAGACAUUACAUAGUAACAGCCACGUGAUGUGAUGCUGAUUUUGGAUGCUUUCUAUUCCUAAUUAGGCAUCUGUUGAUUAUGUUACGUUUCAUCGUUAUGCUUCACAUUUUCCGCACUUCUCCUUUGUGUGUGCUGUUGUCGAAAUGUGUUGUGGAACCCCCGAGUCCUUUUUAGAACACUUUGUUAAUGGCACUUUGCGGGUCUCUUGCCAUGUGUUUAAGUGCCUUGUGUUACACUGUGAAAGCCACUGCUUUUUCUUCGUUUCUUUUUUCAAUGCCGCCUAGUAGAGCCGAACAGCAACCUGAGGAUCUAUAGGUCAGCAUUUCAAGUACAUCUCGUAGCAUACUGUGUGCCUUUAGCUGCAACUUUUGUAUCUCUGUUAUCUAAUUUUAUUUUACAUGAAGUCAUUCUUUUUACGCCCCCUUGACCAACGUCUGCAGGUUUUCAGUACAUAAGCCGAAUUAAGUACAUAGGCCAUAUCUCGGCCCCAUUUAUUGCUGGGUCAUGGUCAGUGACUUCAGCUUAGUAAGGCCGAUCAAAAGGUAUGCAAAAGAAUAGAAAUGCCAUGAAAAAUGUUGUUUUCAUGAAUUAUUGUAGAUCAUAGCUAGGAUACACGCUACGGGAUACCAACUUUGCAACUUAGUGCAAAUGUAAAAAAAAAGGAGAGAACCAUCUAUUGACAGACUGUGUUUACCUAGGUACCGUAGAAAAAAAAAAAAACAUUGUGUACAGCAUGCCUUGGUAAUGGCGUUUCGAAGCAUCUGUGAGUUGCACUGACUAACUUGGCUCUUCUUUGGCAGUUCGUGCAAAACGUUUUCUGUGCAAGAAAUCUAGGAAAACUUCACCAUUCCGAUUGAAGCCGCUUGCCAAGGAGUGCUUCAUCUAUUCCCUUGACAAGCUAGGUUUGUGACCGAAGAAUUCAUCUUGGUGCAGAUAUUGGACUUGCGAUCACUCCCUUUCUAAAGCAGUAGCUCUGACAUUCAAACUAACCAGAAGCGCCAGCAUACGAAAGCGAAACGUCCACAAAACUCAUUGGCGGGAAGUCAUAAGUGCUAGAGGCUUAAGACAGGUGAGCCGCUCAAACGUGUUCCUUAAAAAAAAAACUGCAAAGUAAACUUUCCCGUUCAUAGACGAAGACGACAUUUUUUUUCCCUCUUUCUUCGAAGUUUGUUUUUUCAAUGACGCGGAAUUGGUGUUCUUCAUAACAAGGCGCGCCACCGCAGUGCAGUACUCCCGUGAAGCUUUCCUCAAGGAUUUAGGCAAAACCUUCUAGAGUAAUUAAUUUGGUUAAGACUCAUCCUCGGCACACAAAUAUUUAAGGUAGUGGCCAAGCAGCAUGCGUGGUUAGCAUUCCUGCUUACUAGACCCACUGCAACAGCUACAAUGUCCCACAGCCUCAUCGUAUCCUCGAAAAUUUCUGUGCUCGAUCCUUCGGCACUCGUCUGGCUUCUCGAAAGCUGUACCGUGCCAGAGACAAUCCGGGCUCGUUGCCCCGAUUGUCAUGGUCUAGUUUCGAAACCAGAAUGCGCACGUCACUCUGCACGGCUCUUAACUCGACGGAACGACAAUGCCUUUUACGGAGCUGCCGCUGUUGCCUACCUCACAAUGAGCUAUGCCAAAGACGGACCGGAGCUUCCAUGUGACGAUGAUGCCUUUCUCACGUUUCGCGCAUCACGCAUAUAUUUUCUUUUUUCAAGGAUCUCACGCUCCUCCUGAAAAAAGCAUCGACCGUUCCAUUCUCGUUAAGAGCCCUGCGGGGGCGAUCGGUUAGUCAGGGUGAUCCACUCGCAUUGUGCGGCGUGACGGGCCCAACUACGCGUUGUGUGUCUUUUUGCAUUUCAAAGCCUCGCUGUGACUUUUAGACCACUUUCGUUUGUGCAUUUGUUGUUUCUUCUUAUUGAUGCUGAUGCGAAUGUGAUGCAGCACGCAGGAAUGAUGUUUCGGUAGUUCCGUCAUAUAGUGAAAACAGUUUUGUUCUGAGAAAACUGUUUGGCUUGCACGGACCACACGUUGCAACCACAAAAGAAAUGCACAAAAGGCAUUCCGGCAAAGUACCCGCACAACCGGUGACAAUGCAACGAAACCCUUGGCUUAUGUGUAGGGCACCAUUUAGUUACAGCCACAGCAUCAAGCGUGCAAGAACUCGUUGGAGACCAGUGGUUGAGCGUGCGCAAGAACCUAAGUCCUUUCAAGCAGCAACGAAAUAAUUCAAGGUGAUGAAAAAAAAGAAUGUUGCCUUUGAAAUAGCCAAAAAAAACAAUGGUGUAGCGCAAAGUGGCUUUGUCUCUUUUGCCGAAGACUGUAUGUGUAGCUGAAUUUACCAUUUCGGUAGAGUCCUCGACUCUUACAUGCAAGAGGUGUGCUUAAGUUUUGCUUUUUACCACUAGUUUGUGCUGGCCUCUGGAUUUGUUUGCCCCAGUGUUAUUAUCUAUCAGAAACGGGAGUUACGAGGCAGUUUGUCCGGCUGCAUAGCGUCUUACUUUUGCAUUCUAUUGAGCCAACCUUUUGCUUUAUUCACACGAUGUCUCUGCUGUUGUUGCCGAAGUUUGUUGCUGUUUGUGUGAGUGAGGUAUCUGUUUUUCGUCUGUUUUACGUGAGCGAAACUUUUAUUUUACGUGCCCGCCUUGUAAACGAGCAUCAGUAUCAUUCCGUAAUUGUACCGAAAAGCGAGGCAGGCCUCCAGCAGUAUCAGUCAACGAUCUACCUCUGUCGGACAAGGAAAAAAAAAGGCAAACAAAAAGGACAGUUGUGGCUGUGAAACGUGCAAGCAUCAGCGAAAUUUUGUCUCUACUUCACCAUACAACUUCAACGCGCUGUUAAGUGGUGUUGACUCUAAUGUAGUGCCCCGUUAAUUUAAACAGCCAAGCUCGGUAUGCUCCAUUGCAACAGCAGACAAGCAUUUUAGCCAUAUCGUGCAUAAAACCUACAUAAAAGUCUGGUGUUUCCUGCUUGAUGUGGUUGGCUGCAAGUGCAAUCGCGUUUGCAGUGCCACGAUCUCGCGCUUGCAAGCUCAAGCCCUACAGUCAGCUAGUGAACUUAUGCUCACUUUAUGACUCACUGUGAUCACUAUGAGUUGACUAAAAGAUUUGCUGGAUAACUAAAGUGCUUGGUAGAUCAUUCGGUUAUGAAAAAAUUUUGCUUCGUAAUUAGAAUCCUUCACCUAAGCUGCUUUAUUGUUUUGUAUUGGCACAUUGCCUUGAGCAUGAGGCACUUAUGCUUAUUUGUUAUUUUUCACUGUUUUGCAAGACUCACCCACGAGUCACUUGAGCAUAAGUGUUAUUGAAUCACACCCAAGAAGCACUCUCUUCUGCAGUAGGUUUCAUAUGAACUCACGAGUCAUGAGAAGCGCCUGUUCUUUUGCCGCCAAGCCGCAACGCGCCAUGAGACGCGAUCGAGCAUAUCUGCCUUUUCCUAGCAUUAAUGCAGAUUUGAACCUAUAGAAUGUGACUUUGUUUAAUCACUUGGAAGACGUCACAAAAGGAUCUUUCGGCAAAUGUGAUAUCCAUUUCGGCAAAGUUUAGCUGGUGACAUUGGGCACUGACUCUGAAAAGGGGAAUCGCGCAAGAAUGUUUCAGAGAAUGGUCUCUACUUGUGGUGCAGCGAACUAUUGUAUGUUUGCCUUUUAGGCCCAAACUGCCUGGGACAUUGUACACGUGUCCGACUGCGUGUCUGUGUCACCAUUCACGUCUCGUAAUUGGAUAGAGCUUGUCGCGCGAGUCACGCAUGAGAGGUGCACACGGCAAUGAUUCAGCCAGAAGGUAUCAUUGCACGCGCCUCAGUUACCGUGCACAAAUGCACGUCGGCACGCUUGUACACUGAUUCGUCGCAUGCAUAAAGGCCACGAGGCGGGCUAGGUGAUGGCAAGGCGUAGGUGGACACGUGUGCAGUCGUCUGUGCAGUUUGGCAUUUGAUCUUUUUCCUGGUUGUCAUUUUCCUGAAUUCUUCAUUUGCAAAGCCAGUGAGGACCAAGCAAUGCAGGUUUUGUUUGUGGCUCCGUUAUGUACGGUUUUGUGUCAUUUUUAGUGUUCUGUUGAGCGUAUGCUACGUAUAGAUAUAUACAUAUAUAUAUAUAUAUAUAUAAACAACUUGUGCAAGAAGAGAGUGUGUGUGCAUGUGCGUUUCAUGUCUCAGCGACACUGACGUCGCGAUCAUCGUCAUCAUCAUCAUAGACGAGAGUGUGUGUGAAAAACCAUACGCGCAUUGGUUUGCAUGUGUUCACUUGCUCGUGGCAAUUCUGUCUCUUUGACGCUGUAUCUCUGAAGAAAUAUCAUGUACAGGAUAUAUUGCUUGGAUAAACCAUCGACGACAAGAGUUGGCGACGCGACUUCCCCGUUGCUGAUGGACAUGUUUGCAAUUGCCCCCUUCGCCAACUCUCCCCGCCUCCCCGUUUUUGUUUUUUUCUCUUCUAUAAAAUCUUCCAAGUGAUGCGCUUAUCUAUCUACGAACGCUAUGCAACAUGAGAAACAGAUGACAAAAGAACACACCAGGUGACUGGAAAGAACGACCAACAAGGAUGUGCUUCGAAGGGACUCUCGCGGCGCGUUCAUCUUGAAACUGGUGCAGUGCGGUGUCUGUGUGGCGUUGGGGGGGUGUGAAGAGCUCCGCCCGUCUCUGAAACUGUCGUGCUGUUGGCUUUGGACUCGUGGUUAGUUUGACUCGCGUCCCGUCGCGUGUUGUGCGCGCGCUCGGAUUCUGCAACGUGUCUGGAGCAAUACGACGGGCAACGACCGAAGCUGCCGCUGCAAGACUACGGCAAAAAACACACUGGUGUGCGUGCCUGCUUGCCCGUGAACUGUUGUGUGUAACGUUUCUUGCUGAUGUACCUUUUUUUUUGCCCCCUCCCCCCCCCCCCCCUCUAUUGCUAGUGCAUGUCUUUGUUGCGAGUGUGUGGCCGUAUUACUUUUUGGCAUUAAUUUGGGGGGCCAUCUGUGUAUUCGUUGCUUUGUUUUUUUUUUUCUGUAUGCCAUCGUUUGUCAUGUGUUCCGAUUAGAAGCCUACCCUCCCUCAGGACAGAUUACGAGUGCUGCUGGUUUGCCUGCUUGCAGUUACGAAGGAGCUUGAAUGCUAAAAACUUGCGGAUUCAAAAUUCCUGUUUACUGCUGUUCAUUCUAAUUUGCUUCGACAAUGCCGCGAUAAUUCGGUAUUAUGCUAUUCCUUAAUGAAGAACUCAGUACCGUGUAACUUUCUUACUAUUAGACAUCAUGUGUGGCCACUGUGAGCGUAUGUACUGACAUAAUUGUGGCUAGCGUAUCAUUAGCCCGAAUGAAAGAAUUUUGGCUGUGUGCCAUCACACCACAAGCAUUAGGAAAAUUUGCACAAUCCAACCUACUGUUUUCAAGGUAAUCUGCUGCUCUGCUCUGGCAAUGUGAGUGGGCCUACAAUACGGCAUUUGUAGUGUUGCUGAACGCCGUUGAUUACGCUCGAUGUAAAUCUUGACAGUAUGCUGUAAUUAUGUAGGAGCUUCAGCACAGAUAACACUAACAUUGUUCAUCAGGUGCGAAAUACUGAAAAAUUUGAUUAAAAUUAACUGAUAUGUCACAUAAUCGGGUUGUGGUUUUGGCGCAUAAACUCUCAGAAUUUAAUUUAUUUUUCUCGUUUUACAUGAGAAAAACUAAUAUGCCGUGUGAAAUGGGGACAGUGGUGUCAUAAUUGGGACGUAGUGAGAGUAAACACGAAAGAGGCAGCAUCGCCUAACUCAUCAUAAACAAAUUGAUAAUUGCGCUUGAAAUCUGAUUCACCUCGAAGCAUAAUAUUUGCACUUCAGUUGCUUUCUCUCGUGCCUCUGCCUCUCGUAGCAGUCACACUUGUUUUUCCAUUUUGUCUUCUAAGGCUCAGAAAACUUCGUAGCCAGCGUUUUGUCUUCUCUUGAAUAUACAAGAGGGCCGAAGGCCGCGGUAUUGAAUCCCGACCGCGGUGGCCGCAUUUCGAUGGACGCGAGAUCCUAGAGGCCCGUGUACUUAGAAUACGGUGCACGUCAAAGAACACUAGAUGGUCAAAAUUUCCGGAGCCCUCCACUACGGCGUCGCUCAUAAACAUAUCGUGGUUUUGGGACGUAAAGCCCCAACAGCUAUUUUUAUUAUCGAAUUUACAAAAGUGAAUAAACUUUACAGGUAUUACAGAUCCACCAGUUCUGAGCUUCAAGUUCCUUUGUGAUUUUCAACGUGCCCCGUGGCAAGCGCUUUAUCCAUAGCAAUGAACGUAGCGCAUACCCUAUGUGUAAGAAAGUGCUGUUGAGCGAUUGUUUUGUUUGCAUUUGCUUUGUAUCCUUGCCUCAUACCUCAUCGCGAAAGCAUGUCCAUCCCACCUACCUGAUUGGCUGUGUUUGUUGAACCAUUGUUAUUCCUGCGUCUUUGUUUUCUCUUUUGCAUCCUUUUUUUUUUUUGUCGGUCAACACUCAUCAGCUGAUGGAAUGUAACCGGUCCACCUGUGUUAUCACUAUUUAUUCAAAUGGAUAUUUAAAGUGUCCGCGUUGAAACAAUUGAAGGGCAAAAUGUGUGGUGGUGUAUGAGCAUUGAGUGACUAUGACCUUCUGAAUAAAAAAAAAUGUCUCAAA